AUGUCUUCGCAUCUCCACCCACGGUCUCGAUCGACCAUGUCCCUCUUCACAGCAACUCUUCUUGCAUCCCUAUUAAUCGUUGGCGUACCGCAUGUCUUCCCUUGCCCUGCUCCACGACGAGCACUGGCCGAUUCGGAAAUAAUAGUGACUGCAGAUGGACAGCAGAUAAGGCGGAAGAGAAGACGGAAAGAGCCGGCUCCUCCUGGCGAUGAGACGGUACCCUCAGGUCAAUUGGCUAGACAGCCAUUGCUCGGCUCUACAACCACGAAUAUAAGUCAGAUACCUGGAGUUGGGCGAGAACUACGGGAACAAGCGGCAGAGUUUAGACACAUGGAAGCAGAAGCCAAGGAGCUGGAGAAAUCUGCACGGGAGUGCCCAGUCCCAAAACCACGGGGAGUUUUGGGCCACAUUCUCGGAUUCAGUUCAGAUAAGGGUGGUCAAUUGAAGGCGGACGCCCCUCGUACCGACAUCCGGUGGAAAAGAAGCGCAGAGUGA